CUCGCCCCAUGGGCCUCGCUGCCACACUCCAGUCUCGCCAGCCCCCAGCCAGACUCUGGGGCCAGGAUGCAGGGUGAGGAGAGCGGCCAGAUCCUGGCGGGGACUGAAGGGGACAGCUUCCCACUGAUGGAGAUCAACACUGGUGAGACCGAGGCCUCUGAGCAGUGGGAUUACGUCCUUGUGGCUGACCACCGCACCCAGAGAAAUACCAGGCAGGCCCACCAGCAGCAGCAGUUCCUGGAAGAGCUCAAGAGAAAGGGCUUCCAUUACAAGAUGAUAGAGGACCACAGGAAGGUGUUCUUUGGGAUCCGAGCGGACAGCAGGAUCUUUGACCUGUACUGCACACUCCUCAUGGAGCCUGAGGGUCCUGCCACCAGAGUGCAGCCUGCCAGGCCAUCCUCCGUCCCAGCCACCACCAGAAUCCGAAUUGUCAACUUUGUACUAAACAGCAAGGCGGCAGCUGGUGGCACAUUAGAGGAUUUGGUGAAGAGUGGGGUCUUUGAGACCAGAUUCGCCCUGCACAAGGGGGCGGAAGACCUAAAGAAGAGAUGGGCCCGGUGGAGAAACAUGUUCCACCCCCAGCCGAUUGAUGAUAUCAGGGACUACUUUGGCGAGAAGGUGGCCCUGUACUUCGCCUGGCUCGGCUGGUACACCUACAUGCUGGUGCCCGCUGCACUGGUGGGCCUCAUCAUCUUCCUGAGCGGCUUCUCCCUGUUCAAUGCCAGCCAGAUCAGCAAGGAGAUCUGUGAGGCCCACGACAUCCUCCUGUGCCCUCGCGGCGACCACAGCCGUAGGUACCAGCAGCUCUCGGACACCUGCACCUUUGCCAAGCUCACGCACCUCUUCGACAACGAGGGCACCGUGCUCUUUGCUAUAUUCAUGGCUCUGUGGGCCACGGUGUUCCUGGAGAUCUGGAAGCGGCAGCGGGCCCGUGUGGUCCUGCACUGGGACCUGUACGGGUGGGACGAGGACCAGGAGGAAAUGGCGCUUGAGCUCAUUAACUGCCCUGCUUACGAGCUCCGGCCACAGCAGCACUCGUACCUGAGAAGCACCGUCAUCCUCAUGCUGUCUCUGCUCAUGAUCUGCCUUAUGAUCGGCAUGGCCCACCUCCUGGUGGUCUACCGUGUGCUGGCCGCCGCCCUCUUCAAUUCCACCUUGCUCUUCCAAGAAGACCAGGUGACCACAGCCGUGGUGGUGACCGGGGCCCUGGUCCACUACGUGGCCAUCCUCAUCAUGACCAAGAUCAACAAGUAUGUGGCCCUGAAGCUUUGUGAUUUUGAGAAGCCCAGGACCUUCUCAGAGCGCGAGAGCAAGUUCACCAUCAAGUUCUUCACUCUGCAGUUCUUUGCUCACUUCUCGUCGCUCGUCUACAUUGCCUUCAUCCUGGGCAGGAUCAACGGUCACCCUGGGAAGUCUGUGCGCCUGGCGGGGCUCUGGAAGCUGGAGGAGUGCCAUCUCAGCGGCUGCAUGAUGGACCUGUUCCUGCAGAUGGCCAUCAUCAUGGGUCUGAAGCAAACACUCAGCAACUGCAUGGAAUACCUGGGCCCGUGGCUGGCUCACAAAUAUCGCCUGAUGCGGUUCAAGCUGAGCCGCGCGUCCGGGGACCCUGAGCUCAGGCACUUGCAGCGCAACUACCUCCUGAACCCAGUCAACACCUUCAGCCUUUUCGACGAGUUCAUGGAGAUGAUGAUCCAGUAUGGCUUCACGACCAUCUUUGUGGCCGCCUUCCCACUCGCCCCCCUGCUCGCACUCUUCAGCAACCUUGUGGAGAUCCGCCUGGACGCCAUCAAGAUGGUCAGGCUGCAGCGGCGGCUGGUGCCCCGCAAGGCCAAGGACAUAGGGACCUGGCUGCAGGUGCUGGAGACCAUUGGCGUGCUGGCCGUCAUUGCCAAUGGAAUGGUCAUCGCCUUCACGUCUGAGUUCAUCCCCCGCGUGGUGUACAAGUACCACUAUGGGCCGUGCCGACAGGGGGCCCAGCCUGCGGUUGACUGCCUCACAGGCUACAUCAACCACAGUCUGUCUGUGUUCUACACCAAGGACUUCCAGGACCCCAUCCAGAUAGAAGGCUCAGAGAAUGUGACUAAGUGCAGGUACCGGGACUACCGUAACGCUCAGGACUACAACUUAUCUGAGCAGUUCUGGGUCCUCCUGGCCAUCCGCCUGGUCUUCCUGAUCCUCUUCGAGGUGGGCCAGAACUGGGGGAGGGGCCCCAAGGCGGGGGCAGCUCUCUCUAGCCCUCCUCCCUGGCCCCCAACCCCUCAAUUCCCUGCUGGGUCUGUCUUGACCUCUCCGACCAGCCCUUGUGCCCUGCCCCCCAGCACGUGGCUUUGUGCAUCAAGCUCAUCGCUGCCUGGUUCGUGCCUGACAUUCCUCAGUCGGUAGAGAACAAGGUUCUGGAGGAGAAGUACCAGACACUCCGGGAGAAGAUGUGCUCCAGCCCGAAGAGCACAGAGGUGUAGGAGACCCAGAGCUGGUCAAGAGGCACUGGUGCCCAGGAGCUGAGACUCGGAAGCACUCCCACCACCCCACCCCACCCCUACUCAUGGCAUAUCGGGGUCCCAGGAGGCCGGUGUGCAUGCGGGGAAGUCUGUGUAUAUACGGGGGUCUUGGAGGGCCCGUGUGUGUUUGAGGUGUUUGUGAGCAGCACGCUGUGGUCUGUGAGGCCCGUUCUGUCUGUUAGGGCUCAGACUUGGUACAGCCCUGACUUGAGCUCUGACCUCUGCCACCCACAGAACUGGGGUUGGGGUGCCUCUCAGCAGUCACAACACAGGAAAACCAGCCUAGUUUCCUGAGCCUCCCUCUGACUUGUGGGACCCAGAUCCUGCCCCACCGCCAUCCUGGCUGGUCAGGGGGCCCUGACCCCACCUCUCUGGCUCCCCUCAGCCUGCAGAACUUCCUAUAAUAAAAUGAAACCUUUUUGUAUCAAUUCUGGGCCUCUGGUGGAUUGUGUCUGUUCUCAGAUGGGAAGUCCAGUUGGGGAAAGGUCUGGAAUGUGGUAGCCUCCUG